GUCUUUUUGUCUUUCUUUCCUUUUUGUUGAUCAUCUUUCUACUUGUUUUUUCGUCUGGCUGUUCUGUUUUUUUUUCGCCAACAAAACUACAAGUCGGAUCUUAUUCAUAGACAAACCCCUUCCAGUUCCUUUCUCUUUUUUAAUUAUUUCUCCUUUUUCAAAACUGUCAUGAAACUCAGUUUCUGUGUCGCUGCUCUUAUAGCCGCUGUCCAGUUCUCCUCGGCUGCCCCCAUGCAGGACACUGAGAGUCUCAAGUUUCCUUUGGUGCGUAAUCCGCAUUAUAAGCAGAAUGCUACGGCCAGUGUACUUCGUGUGCAGGCGAAAUACUCAAAGUAUCUCGGCGGGAUUUCAGCCAUGUCCUCAGGCACCACUUCAGUUCCCAUGACCGAUUAUCAUACCGACGUGGAAUACUUUGGUACCGUCGAAGUCGGCACCCCUCCUCAAAAGUUGCUAUUAAAUUUUGAUACCGGCUCAUCGGAUCUUUGGUUUGCUUCCACGUUGUGUCAUAAUUGCGCAUCUAAGCAAACCAAGUUUGAUCCCAAUAAAUCCGAAACCUACAAAAAGGACGGACGUAAAUGGUCCAUUUCCUAUGGUGACGGUUCCAAGGCCAGCGGCAUUUGCGGAAAAGACACCGUGACCUUAGGCGACCUGACAAUCAAGGACCAAAUCAUCGAACUGGCUACGACCGAAUCUGAUACAUUCCAGACCGAUCCAGUAGACGGCCUUUUAGGCCUUGGUUUUAAUUCCAUCACCACCGUCCGCGGUGUGAAAACCCCCAUGGAUAAUUUAAUCUCCCAAAAACUGAUCAGCAAGCCCAUUUUCGGUGUCUAUCUCGGCAAACAUACCGAAAAAGGUGGCGGUGAAUUUCGGUUCGGCGAGUACGAUCAGAACCGCUUCACCGGCGAUCUACACACCGUCAAAGUAGACAAUUCGAAUGGCUAUUGGGGUAUCAAAAUUGACUCUGCAACUGUUGGCACCAAGAAGAUUGCUGGAUUCGAUGCUAUUGUCGACACAGGCACCACGCUCUUAUUGUUCACCGACAAAGUGGCCAAAACGGUUGCUGCUGCUUACAAGGCCAAAGAUAACGGAGAUGGCACCUUUAUGAUUUCCUGCAACACGUCCAGCUUAAAACCGCUUUCACUCACGCUAGGCGGCAAGGCUUUCUUGGUCCCCUCGGACUCGUUGGUAUUCAGCAAACAGGGUAGUCAGUGUGUCGCUGGUUUUGGUUAUGCUGGUCUGCCGUUUGCUAUUCUAGGCGACACUUUUAUCAAAAAUAACUACAUCGUCUUUAAUCACGCCGUUCCCGAAAUUCAAGUGGCCGCUCUGAAAUAAGUUAUCCUUUCUACUUGUACUCUACACUAUGUUGUAUAAAACAUUCUAGCAGCUUGCUUACUGUAUUCAAUUUAAAACGCAUGCCAAAGGUGGAUCGAUUGAAAUAAACAAAAAACAUCGUUCGGAGG